AUGGCGUUUGUUUAUACAACUUUAGCAAUAAUAGGAACAAUUUUCUUUUCUCCUCUUAUAUUACCAGUAGUGUUUUUGUGGGCCGUUUGUUAUGACUUUUUCAACUCAGAUCUGCCACCUGGGAUCGACCAGCCUCUAAAGCUUCGUUUUUACCAUUCCGUGUUCAUGUCAACCUUGGUUGUGGGAAAGAUUUUGGAGAAGCUAGGAAUCUGCGGUGACUUGAGCUUACUGCGAUUCUUUUUAGAAGGAAUACCACCAUGGAGAGAUUCCAAACUCCUCAUCCAAGAUCUCAAAGUAGAUGACGUUCCACUCAGGAUUUAUCAGCCAAAACAGCCACCCACUGUCAAAAGAAGAGGACUACUCUAUUUCCAUGGAGGUGCUGGCACAUUUGGGAGUAUUGGAGCUUUUGAAAGAGUAUGCCGCCAUAUUGCCAGAGAAUGCAACUCAGUGGUUGUGUCUGUUGGUUAUCGCUUGGCUCCUGAGCACCCUUAUCCAGGGCAAUAUUUUGAUUGUCUCAACGCUACCUUGCACUUUAUGAGGAAUUUAAAAGAGUAUCAUGUGGAUCCUACCCUCAUCAUCAUUGGUGGUGACAGCUGUGGAGCUAAUUUUGCUACAGUUAUUUGCCAACUACUCUUGAAUAAAAGAGAUCUUCCAAAAGUACGAGCUCAGGUCUUGAUUUAUCCAGGACUCCAGGGAAUAGAUUUUCAACUGCCUGCAUAUCAGCAGAAUGCUUCGGUCCCCAUAUUGUUUCGGAAGCUGGUCCUUUAUUUUUGUUUUCGUUAUCUUAAUAAAAAGCCAUUGUACUUGGAUGAUAUCAUACAGAACUGUCAUGUCCCCGAGAGUAUGAAACUGAAGUAUAAAAAAUGGGUAAGUGCAGACAAUAUUCCUGAUGAAUUUAAGAUCAGAGGCUACAAACCACAAAAAAACAGUUCAUAUAAGCCUGAAGUUUAUGAAGUGAUCAAGGAAGUAUUAGCAAUGACAUUUUCCCCGCUUCUAGCUGAAGAUGGCAUUAUUUGUCAGCUCCCUGAAUCUUACAUUGUGACUUGUGAGUUUGAUGUGUUAAGGGAUGAUGGACUUUUAUACAAGAAGCGACUAGAAGAAAAUGGUGUUCAAGUAACCUGGUAUCAUUCCGAGAGCGGUUUCCAUGGACUUUUAAGCUUUUUUGGCUAUGGGAUUUUUUCAUUUUUAUCUGCAAAAAAAAUUAUGGAUAACACUGUGAAUUAUAUAAACAGUUUAUAA